AUGCUCGAAGCGAAGCUUCAGGAAGCCGGUCUGCUCAAGAAACUCCUCGAUGCCAUAAAGGAACUUGUGACAGACGCGAACUUUGACUGCAAUGAAGAAGGCAUCAAUCUCCAAGCUAUGGACAACUCUCACGUUGCCCUCGUCGUAGUCAAGAUGGAGUCGACGGGCUUCAAAAAGUAUCGAUGUGAUCGACCCAUGCCGUUGGGCGUGAAUCUCGCGUCGUUGACCAAGGUUCUCAAGUGCGCGAAGGACGACGACACAUGUACACUCAAGGCCGGCGAUGGCUUGGACAGCUUGAACCUCGUAUAUGAAGCCAAAAACUCCGAUCGAAUUGCUGAAUACGAUAUGAAACUCAUGGAUAUCGAUGCUGAGCAACUCGGGAUUCCUGAUACGGACUACGACGCGCGAAUAACGCUUCCUGCUGCAGAAUUUACGCGUAUCGUCAAGGAUCUUAGCCUGCUCGGUGAAAGUGUGCGGAUUGAGGUCAACAAAGAGGGUAUUCGUUUCGUUAGCGACGGGGAGGCUGCGAACGGCAGUGUUCUCUUGAAACCAACGGACGGCAAAGUCAAGAUCGGCGACGACGAUGAGGAGGAGGAAGAAGAGAAGGAGGACGAGGAAGAUGAGGAUGAAGAUUCUGCAAAGGCCAAAAAGAAAGCCAAGAAGCAGAAGAAGGUGAAGAAGGAGAGCAACGAUGAUGUGGAGAUGAAUGGCGAUGAGGAGAAUGGUAACGAAGAGUUCACCGCCAAGAGUGACGACGAGGGCGAAGACGAGAAAGAGGACGACGAAGAGGAGUCGGAGGGAAGCAGCAAAAAGCGAAAGAAAGCCAGUUCGUCGAAGAGCAAGAAGCCGGCGAAGAAAGCGAAAACAAAGAAGGACGAUGAUGAGUACUCCGGCGGUGUCGACAUCGCGAUGAACCAACACGUCACUUUGACAUUCUCCCUCAAAUACCUCGUUAACUUCUCCAAGAGUUCGAGUCUAAGCGACAGCGUCCAACUGAUGAUGAGCAACGACGUACCUCUAUUGGUUUCAUACUCUUUCGAGUCCGGGUACAUUCGAUACUAUCUCGCGCCAAAAAUUGGAGACGAUUAG